AUGAAAUUGCAUAUCUUGAUUUUUUUUUUUCUUUUUUUCUAUUUUAAAAUAGGCCUUGAUGUGAAAAGUGAAGCAUGCCAGCGAUUUUUUCGAGAUGGGUUAACAAUAUCAUUCACAAAAAUCCUUACCGAUGAGGCAGUGAGCGGAUGGAAGUUUGAGAUUCAUAGAUGUAUUAUUAACAACACUCAUCGACUAGUGGAACUGUGUGUGGCCAAGCUGUCCCAGGAUUGGUUUCCCCUUCUUGAACUUCUUGCCAUGGCCUUAAAUCCUCACUGCAAAUUCCAUCUAUACAAUGGUACUCGUCCCUCAGAAACAGUUCCUGCAGGUGUCCAGCUUGCUGAAGAUGAACUUUAUGCCCGUCCUCCUGACCCACGAUCACCAAAGGGUUGGCUAGUAGAUCUUAUCAACAAGUUUGGCACAUUGAAUGGAUUUCAGAUAUUACAUGAUCGCUUCAUGAGUGGAUCAGCAUUGAAUGUUCAGAUAAUUGCAGCGCUCAUCAAGCCGUUUGGACAAUGUUACGAAUUUUUAACAUUACAUACAGUGAAGAAAUAUUUCCUUCCAAUUAUAGAAAUGGUUCCACAGUUUUUAGAAAAUUUAACAGAUGAUGAACUGAAAAAAGAAGCAAAGAAUGAAGCCAAAAAUGAUGCUCUGUCAAUGAUAAUCAAAUCCCUAAAGAACUUAGCUUCAAGAGUUCCAGGACAAGAAGAAACUGUAAAAAACUUAGAAAUAUUUAGAUUAAAAAUGAUACUUAGGUUGUUACAAAUUUCUUCUUUCAAUGGUAAAAUGAAUGCACUAAAUGAAGUUAACAAAGUAAUAUCCAGUGUGUCAUAUUAUACUCAUCGACAUGGUAAUCCUGAAGAGGAAGAAUGGCUUACAGCUGAAAGAAUGGCAGAAUGGAUCCAGCAGAAUAAUAUUUUAUCAAUUGUGUUGAGAGAUAGUCUUCAUCAACCUCAAUAUGUAGAGAAGUUAGAGAAAAUUCUUCGUUUUGUCAUCAAAGAAAAAGCCCUCACUUUGCAGGAUCUUGACAACAUUUGGGCUGCACAGGCAGGAAAACAUGAAGCCAUUGUAAAAAACGUACAUGAUCUCCUUGCAAAAUUAGCUUGGGACUUCUCACCUGAACAGCUUGAUCACCUCUUUGAUUGUUUUAAGGCAAGUUGGACAAAUGCAAGCAAGAAACAGCGCGAGAAGCUACUUGAGUUAAUUCGUCGUCUUGCAGAGGAUGACAAGGAUGGUGUGAUGGCCCAUAAAGUGCUGAACCUUUUGUGGAAUUUGGCCCAUAGUGAUGAUGUACCAGUUGAUAUCAUGGACCAGGCUCUUAGUGCCCAUAUUAAAAUCUUAGAUUACAGCUGUUCACAGGAUCGAGAUACACAAAAGAUCCAGUGGAUAGAUCGUUUUAUAGAAGAGCUCCGCACAAAUGAUAAGUGGGUUAUUCCUGCACUGAAACAAAUUAGAGAAAUCUGCAGUUUGUUUGGUGAAGCACCACAAAACUUGAGUCAAACUCAGAGAAGUCCCCAUGUGUUUUAUCGACACGACUUAAUCAAUCAACUUCAGCACAAUCAUGCCCUAGUUACAUUGGUUGCAGAAAAUCUCUCUGCCUAUAUGGAAAGCAUGAGGCAGUAUGCUAAAGAGCAUGGUGAAUAUGAUCCUCAAACUGUAAGGCCAGGAAGCAGAUAUAGUCAUGUGCAGGAAGUACAGGAACGACUGAACUUCUUACGAUUUUUAUUGAAGGAUGGUCAGCUGUGGCUCUGUGCCCCUCAGGCGAAGCAAAUAUGGAAGUGUUUAGCUGAGAAUGCGGUUUAUCUUUGUGAUCGCGAAGCCUGUUUUAAAUGGUAUUCCAAACUAAUGGGGGAUGAACCAGACUUAGACCCUGACAUUAAUAAGGACUUCUUUGAAAAUAAUGUGCUUCAGCUGGAUCCUUCCCUGUUAACAGAAAAUGGAAUGAAAUGUUUUGAACGUUUCUUCAAAGCUGUGAACUGUCGAGAAGGCAAGCUAGUAGCAAAGAGACGAGCCUAUAUGAUGGAUGAUCUGGAAUUAAUAGGGUUAGACUACCUUUGGAGGGUUGUGAUUCAGGGAAAUGAUGACAUCGCAAACAGAGCAAUAGAUCUUCUUAAAGAGAUCUAUACUAAUCUUGGCCCGAGGUUACAAGUUAAUCAGGUAGUGAUUCAUGAAGACUUCAUUCAGUCCUGUUUUGAUCGUCUGAAAGCCUCCUAUGAUACAUUAUGUGUUUUGGAUGGAGAUAAAGACAGUAUCAAUUGUGCAAGGCAAGAAGCAAUACGUAUGGUGAGAGUAUUGACUGUUUUAAGAGAGUAUAUAAAUGAAUGUGACAGUGAUUACCAUGAAGAGAGGACUAUUCUGCCUAUGUCAAGAGCUUUCCGUGGUAAACACAUCACACUGGUAGUUCGUUUUCCAAACCAAGGCCGACAGGUGGAAGAUUUGGAUAUUUGGUCUCAUACAAACGACACGAUUGGCCAGGUUCGGCGUUGCAUUCUCAACCGUAUUAAAGCCAAUAGUGCGCACACAAAAGUAGAACUCUUCAUUGGUGGUGAGCUGGUGGACCCUGCAGAUGACAGAAAAUUAAUUGGGCAGUUGAAUCUCAAAGAUAAAACGCUAAUUACGGCAAAGCUUACACAGAUAAAUUCUAAUAUGCCCUCAAGUCCAGAUAGUUCUUCUGACUCUUCAACUGGUUCCCCUGGCAACCAUGGCAAUCAUUACAGUGAUGGUCCAAACCCAGAAGUUGAAAGCUGUUUGCCUGGAGUGAUCAUGUCACUGCAUCCUCGAUACAUCUCCUUUCUUUGGCAAGUUGCAGACUUGGGCAGUAGCCUAAAUAUGCCACCUCUGAGGGAUGGAGCACGAGUUCUUAUGAAGCUCAUGCCACCAGAUAACACUACAGUUGAGAAACUAAGAGCUAUUUGUUUAGAUCAUGCAAAGCUUGGGGAAAGCAGCCUUAGUCCAUCCCUUGAUUCUCUAUUCUUUGGUCCUUCUGCCUCGCAAGUGCUGUAUCUAACAGAGGUAGUUUAUGCCUUGUUAAUGCCUGCCAGUGCACCUCUGGGAGAAGAUGCCAGUGACUUCCAAUACAACUUCCUAAAAAGUGGUGGUUUGCCUCUUGUGUUGAGCAUGCUGACUAGAAAUAACUUCCUGCCAAAUGCAGAUAUGGAAACUCGAAGGGGUGCCUACCUUAAUGCUCUAAAAAUAGCCAAAUUAUUACUAACAGCAAUUGGAUAUGGCCAUGUUCGAGCUGUGGCAGAAGCUUGUCAGCCAGUUGUGGAAGGCACAAGUACAAUUUCACCGAUAAACCAGGCUACGCAUGACCAGGCAGUGGUGCUACAAAAUGCCCUACAAAACAUUCCUAAUCCAACUUCAGAAUGCAUGCUAAGAAAUGUAGCAAUACGUCUUGCACAGCAAAUAUCUGAUGAGGCUUCAAAGUACAUCCCUGAUAUCUGUGUUAUUAGGGCAGUACAAAAAAUUGUCUGGGCAUCGGGUUGCGGGUCAGUUCAGCUGGUUUUCAGCUCAAAUGAGGAAAUCAGUAAAAUCUAUGAAAAGACAAAUGCAGGAAAUGAACCAGACAUGGAAGAUGAGCAAGUUUGCUGUGAAGCGUUGGAGGUGAUGACCCUGUGUUUUGCUUUGAUUCCAACAGCACUGGAUGCACUCAGUAAAGAAAAGGCGUGGCAGACAUUUAUCAUUGAUUUGCUAUUGCACUGUCACAGCAAAACUGUUCGUCAAAUGGCACAGGAGCAAUUCUUUUUAAUGGCCACCAGGUGCUGCAUGGGACAGAGACCUCUCCUUUUCUUCAUUACCCUGCUGUUUACUGUUCUAGGGAGUACUGCAAGAGAGAGAGCUAAGCAUUCUGGAGACUACUUCACUCUCUUAAGACAUCUUCUUAACUAUGCUUACAACAGUAAUAUUAAUGUACCCAAUGCUGAAGUUCUUCUCAAUAAUGAAAUUGACUGGCUUAAGAGGAUUAGGGAUGAAGUAAAAAGAACAGGGGAAACAGGUGUUGAAGAAACUAUCUUAGAGGGUCAUCUUGGAGUAACAAAAGAGUUGUUAGCAUUCCAGACACCCGAGAAGAAAUACCAUAUUGGUUGUGAAAAAGGAGGUGCUAAUCUCAUUAAAGAGUUGAUAGAUGAUUUCAUCUUUCCGGCAUCGAAUGUUUAUCUACAGUACAUGAGAAAUGGAGAACUGCCUGCUGAGCAGGCCAUCCCAGUCUGUAGUUCACCAGCUACUAUUAAUGCUGGGUUUGAGCUACUAGUUGCACUAGCAGUUGGAUGUGUGCGAAAUCUCAAACAGAUAGUAGAUACCUUGACUGAAAUGUAUUACAUAGCUUGUGAAGCGCUUACAGAAUGGGAGUAUCUACCACCUGUUGGGCCUCGACCACCAAAGGGAUUUGUAGGACUCAAAAAUGCUGGUGCCACUUGUUACAUGAACUCUGUCAUUCAGCAGCUGUACAUGAUUCCAGCCAUCAGGAAUGGAAUUCUUGCAAUUGAAGGCACAGGCAGUGAUGUAGAUGAUGACAUGUCUGGGGAUGAAAAGCAGGACAAUGAGAGCAACGUUGACCCACGAGAUGAUGUGUUUGGUUAUCCACAUCAGUAUGAAGACAAACCAGCACUGAGUAAAACAGAAGAUAGAAAAGAGUACAAUAUUGGAGUUCUGAGGCAUCUCCAAGUGAUUUUUGGUCAUUUAGCAGCUUCCAGGCUACAGUACUAUGUACCAAGAGGGUUUUGGAAACAAUUUAGACUUUGGGGUGAACCUGUAAAUCUACGUGAACAACAUGAUGCUUUAGAAUUUUUUAAUUCCUUGGUGGACAGUUUAGAUGAAGCUUUGAAAGCUUUGGGCCAUCCAGCAAUGUUAAGUAAAGUUUUAGGAGGGUCCUUUGCUGAUCAGAAGAUUUGUCAAGGAUGCCCACAUCGGUACGAAUGUGAGGAAUCCUUCACAACUCUGAAUGUAGAUAUACGAAAUCACCAGAACCUUCUUGAUUCUUUAGAACAGUAUGUCAAAGGAGAUCUAUUGGAAGGUGCAAAUGCAUAUCAUUGUGAAAAAUGCAACAAAAAGGUGGAUACAGUGAAGCGCUUGUUGAUAAAGAAGUUGCCUCCAGUUCUUGCAAUCCAGUUGAAACGAUUUGAUUACGACUGGGAAAGGGAAUGUGCAAUCAAGUUCAAUGAUUAUUUUGAAUUUCCACGAGAGCUGGAUAUGGAGCCUUACACAGUGGCAGGUGUAGCUAAAUUGGAAGGAGAUGAUGUAAAUCCUGAAAAUCAGAUAAUACAAAAUGAACAGUCUGAAAAUGAACACUCUGGGAGCACAAAAUACAGGCUUGUUGGUGUACUUGUGCACAGUGGCCAGGCCAGCGGUGGACAUUAUUACUCUUAUAUCAUCCAGAGGAAUGGUGGAGAUGGGGAGAAGAAUCGGUGGUAUAAAUUUGAUGAUGGAGAUGUGACAGAGUGUAAAAUGGACGAUGAUGAAGAAAUGAAAAAUCAAUGUUUUGGUGGAGAAUACAUGGGUGAAGUAUUUGAUCACAUGAUGAAGCGUAUGUCCUACAGACGCCAGAAGAGGUGGUGGAAUGCUUAUAUACUUUUUUAUGAACGUAUGGACACAAUAGACAAAGACAAUGAACUCAUAAAAUAUAUUUCAGAACUCGCUAUCACCACUAAGCCCCAUCAGAUUAAAAUGCCAUCAGCCAUUGAACGAAGUGUACGGAAGCAGAACGUACAGUUCAUGCAUAAUCGGAUGCAGUACAGCCUAGAAUACUUCCAGUUCAUAAAGAAGUUACUUACUUGUAAUAGUGUCUACUUAAAUCCUCCUCCAGGACAAGAUCAUCUGUUGCCUGAAGCAGAAGAAAUAACUAUGAUUAGUAUUCAGCUUGCUGCUAGAUUUCUCUUCACCACAGGAUUCCAUACAAAGAAAAUAGUCCGUGGCCCUGCUAGUGAUUGGUAUGAUGCACUAUGCAUCCUUCUUCGUCACAGCAAGAAUGUACGCUUUUGGUUUGCACACAACGUCCUUUUUAAUGUUUCAAACCGCUUCUCGGAGUAUCUCUUGGAGUGCCCUAGUGCAGAAGUGAGGGGUGCAUUUGCAAAACUUAUAGUAUUUAUUGCACAUUUUUCAUUGCAAGAUGGACCAUGUCCUUCACCUUUUGCCUCUCCUGGACCUUCCAGUCAGACUUAUGAUAACUUAAGUUUAAGUGAUCACUUGCUGAGAGCGGUACUAAAUCUUCUAAGAAGGGAAGUAUCUGAACAUGGGCGCCAUUUACAGCAGUAUUUCAAUCUGUUUGUGAUGUAUGCCAAUCUAGGUAAGCACAUAACACACACUUUUACUGAUGACACUGACUUAAACUGGUUUUUGUUAAUGACUCAGUUACACAG